GCUCUAGAGCACCGCGGAUUUACUCCACCUGGCACGCGCACGAUGAUGGAAAUGAAUAUGGAAUGAUAACGACCGACAGCGCAAGAUGGGCAGGCGAUGAGAUCAGCUUUAACUUCUCCCGGUGGCGCCUCGGCUUCGAAAUGGAUGAGUUUCAUCCGUUCAUUGAGGCUUUGCUGCCCCAGGUACGUGCCUUCGCCUACACAUGGUUCAACCUCCAGGCCAGAAAAAGAAAGUACUUCAAAAAACAUGAGAAAAGGAUGACUAAAGAAGAAGAGAGAGCUGUCAAAGACGAACUGCUAGGGGAGAAGGCAGAGGUGAAACAGAAGUGGGCCAGCCGUCUUUUGGCCAAGCUAAGAAAGGACAUUAGACCUGAAUGCAGAGAAGACUUUGUCCUGUCAAUCACUGGGAAGAAAGCUGCAUGCUGUGUCCUGUCAAACCCUGACCAGAAAGGCAAAAUGAGACGCAUAGACUGUCUCCGACAAGCAGACAAGGUGUGGAGGUUGGACCUUGUGAUGGUCAUCCUGUUUAAAGGAAUCCCAUUGGAAAGCACAGAUGGAGAGCGGCUGGUGAAGGGAGGCCAGUGCUCCAACCCAGUCCUUUGUGUCCAGCCUCGACACAUCUCUGUCUCUGUCAAAGAACUUGACCUCUACCUCGCUUACUAUGUACAAGAAAGAGAGGCAGAACAGAGCAGCAGUCCCAGUCGAACAGGAGUGGGUUCUGAUCAAGAGGACAGUCGAACUGCCACCAUGGAUGGUCCAGAGUUCCAGGAGAGUUUUUUGACAUCAGGAGUUUUCAGUGUCACUGAGUUGGUCCAGGUUUCAAGAACUCCAGUAGUCACGGGAGUAGGUCCUAGUUUCUCUAUGGGGGAGCUCCAGGGUCAUCUGGCCUACGACCUCAACCAGUCUGUCAACCAGCCAGUCAGCCUCAGACGAUCACUGGCCAGCACCUCAUCCACCGGGAGUAAACGUCAUAAGUCUGGCUCUAUGGAAGAAGAGGCUGACAGUCCAGGAGGGGAGUAUUACCACUCACCUUCCUCCCCUGCCAGCAGUUCCAGGAACUGGACUGAUGACAUGGAAGGAGGUCUGUCUCCUCCAGUGAAAAAGGCAGAGCUGGACAGUCCCUCUCCCCAGGAAGAUUCACCAAGACUGGGCUCCUUCACUCAGCACCAACGGCCAGUCAUAGCUGUUCACAGUGGUCUGUCUCGGAGUCCCCACCCCUCCUCAUCUCUUCAUUUCCCAUCCUCCUCCUACUUCCCCCAUGGAGCAAUCCGCUAUCCUCCUCACCUGGCCCAGGACCCCCUAAAAGAUCUGGUCUCAUUGGCCUGCGACCCUGCCAAUCAAACCACCAGCUCGCUGAAUGGCAACAACCAGGUUAAAGUGCCCAGUCACUACAUCUCAUCUCAGAUGUUGGCACCCCCUGGACCAGCACCCUCCCUGGCUCCUCCCCCAUCUUCCCUCCCCAGGCCAACACUGCCUGCAGAGUCAAAGGCCACUACCACCUCCUCUGAUGGUGGAGCAAACUCCCCCACAUCACCCACAUACUCGGCCCCUGGGACCCCCCCUGCCAAUCGCACCUCCUUCGUUGGAGUCACCCCUCGAGAUCCUGGUGGACUCUACCAAGCCCAGUCUUGGUAUCUGGGCAACUGAGUGAACUCUGGAAGAAAGAUGAUUGUCAUGGCAGUACUGUCCUGGAGGAAAGGAAACAAUGUUGUCAAGAUAUUGCCAGAGGGAAAAUAUAUUCAGCUCUGUAGCAGCAUUACAUGAGGUCACUACAUACACACACACACACACACAAACACACACACACACACACACACACACACACACACACACACACACACAGACACACAGACACACACACACACACGCACACCUACACCCAGAAGAGACAGAGACAGCCUGGAUAGAAGAAGGAUGCUGCUUUCACUCAGCCAUUUUGCAGCCACAGAGUGAACUCUGCUAUAUUACACUGAAUGAUUCAUGGCCACUGAUGUGAGUUGUGAUUUUUAAGUCAAAGUAACGGAGUGAUGCAUAUGUCUGGUGAUGAACUGCAGACCAGAACCAGGCCUCAACACACCAGAUCCUAAGAUCCUGUAACCAAACUGUUCCCAGGAUAAGGCCUGUUUCCCUGGGAUGGAUGUCAGCCUUUUCUCCCUGUACUCUGGAUUUUUACACUAAAUCUAGUGUAAGACCUCCUCCCCGGGACAGACAUGGACCUCAUCCGCCUCAACACCUAGAAUGCCCCUCUCCGCUGCAGGUGCUGCUUAUAAUAUAUGCAAAUAAGCCUCCCUUAUUUUCUGAACUGACUAGAAAGAGAGAUCCUGUUGUUAAUAUGUAAUGUUUCUUUGCACUUUUUAAUGUUAUUGAUUAGUCUGAAGAAAAUUAAGAGUUUAAACAACGCAGUUUUUUUCCUCUCUUCGCACCAAAAGACAGAGGCUUUGUCUUUUUUAUUGACAAUCAUCAGCCUGAAAUCAUUAAGUUGCUUUGCUAAGCUCAUGUUUCUAAGACUGUUUGAUUGUGCUUUUCUUAAUCAGAAAACAAUGAAUAAUAGUGGAAUAUAAGAGCUAUAUUCACAUCUCCUCCAACACAAAACACAAUGCUACAGUUAAACACCAUAUUGAGUUAGGCCCAAAGCUACUGGUAUCAGGAGGGACUGUGUUUAGCAGAGGACAUCUUUUUACAUGAAUAUCCUGCUGCUCCUUCCCUUCAGAUGCUAAUCAACUUGUCAUUACAGUACUUAUCCAAAGACACAAUGUUUGGAGGAGACAUUAUCUGCCACAAAGAAACAGCUCAGUAGAACUGAGAAAAGGCAAAGACACACUAAAACUGGCUGCUGAACUCAACAUGUUUGAAACUGUAGCACGGUGUGGUGCGUGUGUGUGUGCGUGUGUUUUUGUUUGUGUCUCAGAAAUCAAAGUGACUGGCUUUGUUCUUGUAUGUAGUUAGAUUAGAAAGAAAUAUAGCAGGCAUUGCACUAUG